AUGGCCGAGUCGCGGGAGUCACAACACUCGAUUCUACCUUCGGAGGAAGAUCUGGUCACUGCGAAACCACAGCGCUCGUGGAACCCACUAGGCGGUCGCUCCUCACCCAGCCUCGAAUGCGCCUAUCUCCCGCCGGUAUUCACACAUGAAAGCUUUUCGGAGGAAGUGUUUCGAGAGGUUGAAUUGCGUAUCACCGACUCUCUCUGGCUUCCUAAAAACGCCCCGAGGAACCCCGGCGAUUUCCCCAUUCACAUCACUCACCAGCAGACUGCCCCACUCGAGCAACAGUCCUACAAAGUCGAUUCUCGUGAAUCUCGGUAA